AUGCGACGAGGAGAGGGUGGAUGGAAGUUUUGUGGAUUGGAUGCACACGCCGACGCAGCAGCACCCAUCACCAUCCGGACGCGCAAGUUCAUCACCAACCGCCUGCUGGCCCGCCGCCAGUUUGUCGUGGAUGUCCUCCACCCAUCCCGGGCGAACGUCUCUAAGACGGAGCUCUCGGAGCAGCUCGCCAAGAUGUACAAGGCCGACAAGGCACGCGUCGUUCCCUUCGGCUUCAGGACAGCCUUCGGUGGUGGACGCAGCACGGGCUUCGCGUUGAUCUACGACGACGAGCCGUCGCAGAUGAAGUUCGAGCCGAAGUACCGAUUGAUUCGGUCCGGCCUUGCGACCGCACCACCGAAGACCAACCGCAAGCUGCGGAAGGAGCGGAAGAACCGUGCGAAGAAGCUCCGCGGUACGAAAAAGUCGAAGGCGGCGGAGCCUCCCAAGAAGGGCAAGUAG